AUGUCGAUUCUAAUUUUUUUGCUAAUAAUCAGCUCAUCUGUUUCGGCUCAAGAAAGAUUGUGUGGCAAUGAUUUAUCGAAUCUCUGGCUUGAUGUUGUUUAUGUCAUUGACAACUCGAUUCCGAUGACUAAUUCUGGUUUGAUUCGGGUAAGAAUUACUCUUCAAGAUGUUAUAAGUGAUGUUUUUAUUUAAAAUAGGCUUCUGCUCAAAUCAUCAGUGUUUUUGGUGGAAAUACAAAAAUUGGAAGUGGAUUUAGUGAUCCACGAAGUACUCGAGUUGGAAUUGUAACAUAUAAUACAAAUGCUAGUGUUGCAGCAGAUCUGAAUCGCUUUGGUUCCUUCAAUGAUCUUGUUUCAAAUAUUUAUGGAGUUGUUGGAAGUGUUAGCAGCUCUAAUCAAGCAAUUCUUGACGUUGGAUUAACAAAAGCAAAAGAAGUUCUCGAUUCUGGACGUGCAAAUAAUGUUCGAUCAAAUUAUCAACCAGUGAUCGUAAUUUAUGCUUCACAGUUUGUGUUAGUUCUCAAUUUUAAACUGAAACAUUGAUAAUUUUUAGAUCAACUAGUUCGGUUUUAAAAACAUCUGAAAAUCUUAAAAACUCGGGAAUCACUAUAAUAACUAUCCCAUUUGCAAAAAAUGUUGAUCUUUCACCAAUAUCUUCUCCUCAUUCAAAUAUUGAUGCAGGUGGAUAUCAAACAGUUACUGAUAUUCAGAAUAGAUUACUUCAAAGUGAGUUUGUCUUUUUUAUAAUUAACUAAUUAAUUAAUUUCAGUUAAUUGUUUCUGUCCAAAUAAUUACAUUCAUGUCAAAACAUCCACAAAAAACUACGGAUCUUGUAUUAAAGUCAAUUCUCUUGCCGCUGCAUGGAUUCCAGCUCGUUUGGCUUGUAGUGCAUCGAUUGCUGGAGGAUAUUUGGCCAACGAACUCAAUCAAGAUAAACAUGAUUUCAUUUUUGAAACUGUUCAGAAUUCCACCAAUUUUCACGAACCAUAUUCAUAUUUCAUUGGCUUGAGCAAUUCAGGAAAUGGAACAUGGUUUUGGGAACGAGCAAAUGGGAAUAAAGUUGCCUUGAGCACUCAAUCUUUCUGGAAUCCAAAUUAUCCACCACAAUCGAUUACAACACCUUCGUAUGUAUUUAAUAAUCAAACAAGUAGUUCAACGAUUGGUUGGCAGACAACAGGAGCAAGUGCUUUUGGUUAUAUUUGUGAAGUUAUUACUUGUGACACUGAUAAUUACUGUAGUUAA